AUGAAGUUCUCCGUGUUGGCGCUCCUGGCGCUCGCGUGUGCCGUCCUGGCCACCGACGAGAUCGACUGGUCGAAGGUGCGUCCGAUGUCCCGCAUGCCCCAGUACUGGCGCCGCCUGCCCAAGGAUAUCCUCAGGCAGUACCUGUCCGAGGUGCGCAGCCUGCCCGAAAGCGCCCGCGGCAACUCUCGCAUCGUCAACGGAUACAUUGCCGCGCCCGGCCAGUUCCCGUACCAGAUUGCGCUGCUGAGCAACCAGGCCACUGGUGGUGCCGGUCUGUGCGGUGGUUCCGUCCUGUCCGCCAACUACAUCCUCACCGCGGCCCACUGCGUCGACACCGGUACCAUCGGCGGUCUCGUCAUCUACGGCGCCGAGGAUCGCACCAACGCGAACGAACCGUCCCAGGUGCGCAUCGCUUUCGAGCAGUCCGGUAUCCGGCUGCACCCGAACUGGAACCCCGCCCUCAUCCGGUACGACAUUGCCACCGUGCGCGUCGUCUCGCCCGUCACGUUCAGCCCCCGCAUUCAGCCCGUUACUCUGCCCCGCCUGAGCGACGUCGGUAACGACUUUGCCGGACUGAUCGGUACCGUGUCCGGCUUCGGACGCUUCGCUGACAGCGUGCCGGAGGCGUCGACCGUGCUGCGUUACGUCAACAAUCCGAUCCAGACCAACCUGGCCUGCUCGCUGCGCUUCCCGGGUGUGGUACAGCCGGAGAACAUUUGCCUCUCGGGAGACGCCGGCCGUGGUGCCUGCCAGGGUGACUCCGGUGGCCCGCUGACCAUCCAGCGCGACGGAACCACCGUCCAGCUCGGUGUGGUGUCGUUCGGUCUGGCUCUCGGCUGCGAGCUGAACUGGCCGUCCGUGUUCGCACGUACCACUUCCUUCCUUGACUUCAUUGCGGAGAACUCCGACGUGACCCUGUUGCCGUAA